CCACUGGUCGACUACUGUAAUUCAAGUUCACUCUUCUCUUGUCAAUUUUUUCAAAAGCCUUCCAAUUCUACAAUGUCCACCCCUCCGCAGACUCGCCCAGCGCGUUCUCGGGGCCCUCAAAGGUCGUCACGCCAUGUAACCUCUGCUGAAAACCCUGCGCCGCCCGCCACGGCUGUCAACGUCGAAGAGUCUGAGCAGCUUCGCAAGCUCAGACGAAAAUAUGAGGAGCCACUCUCGAAACUCAAAGAACUGUUCUCCAACUGGUCCGAUGUGGAUAUUCUCAUUCUGCUGAAUGACUCUGAGGUUCAGGGAAAUCUUCAGGUAGCUAUAGACCGCAUCAGCGAAGGAUAUGCUGAGCAAUGGAGCUCUGCGUCUCGCAAGAAGGACAGGAAGAGUGCGACAUUGACCCCUCCGACCUCGGGGCAUAACACUUCCUCGCGUGACGGUACACACCGAGAGUCGUCCGCACGUAGCAGCAGAGGGCGUGGGGGCGGCCCUUCUCGUGGUGGACGGGGUGGAGGUAGAGGUCCUCGUCCAGGGCGCGAGCAGCGCAUUAACGGCCAUAGUGACUCCGCAACUGGCAUCGGGGAAGGUUGGCUUUCUUCCACUAAAGGGGUUGAGGAGUCUCCAACUCCCCCCAAUCCUUGGGCUGCUGCGAGCGCUGGUGCGACUGGUGGUGACGAUUCAUGGGGUAACUUGAAUGCUGAAGAGGGGUGGGGUUUCAAUACGACUGACACCACAACUGCCAAGCCCGAAGCGCCAGAGACUGGGCCUGAGACUAAAACGAAUGGUGAUUCCGAAAAGGCUGAGGCAUCUGUUGCAACGUCUGCGGCACCUAUGUUUGCUCCAGUUCCUUCCAAACCGAGCUCAAUUGUACCUCCUGGGGCGAAACUAUCAUGGGCUCAAAUAACCAAACCUAAAGAAGUACCGAAAUCCACCCCACCACCGCCCCCUGCAGUCGCCGCGCCUGUACCUACAUUCGUCCCCGAAACAACUCCGGACGUUGAACCUCCCCGUGCACCUACCCCAAUAAUUGGAAAUGUCGUGACCGAAGGCGCAGACGGCUGGGAAGAUCCUACCACUGUACAACCUCCGACCUGGGACGAUGAUCCAGCUCAGUGGACAUCACCCGAACCACCCACUGCUGUGGCCGCUGAACCAACAGCCGCCCCCGCAACCCAGCCAACCACUGACUGGCUGGAUCCAGCCAUUGUGUCGAUCACAUCUAGCAAAUCAUCUGAAAUCGAGUCACAACUUCAUGCUACCCCCCCCGUAUCCGCCGUUACGACUGCAAUUCUUCCCUCGGUCUCCACUUCGGCGAUCCAGCCUAGCCAGAUCGUGCCCGCACAACCUAUUUUAGCCCGCACAACGUCAACCAGCUCUCCUCCUGGGCUUCCCGCUCCUGCAAUUUCGAAACCGUCAACUCCGUCCACUAAGAACGCGACAGCCGCUCGUAUUGCCCGAUACAAGUCUGACCAACCCGUCAUAUUACCCGGUCAUGUUGGCGCUGCUUCUCUGACUUCUUCAUUCAGCUUUGGCAACACUGGCCUUGACCGUGUUGGCAUGCAAUUUGGGAGUCUGACCCUUGGCGAUGACCUCGACUCACACUCACCGCCUAAGGAGGCCGCCUUGGAACCGCCGAAGGAGGAGUCUGCAAAGUCUUCGCCUGUCCAAGUCAGCCCUGCUGCGGUAUCUGCGGUGCAGCAAGCAACCCAGCCGCCCCAGCUGACUCAACCGACUCAGCCAACUCAGCCUUCGCAACCUAUCCAGGCUACUCAACCAGUCGCACCCCCUGCUCAACAGCCUAUUUCGCAGCAGCUCGAGUCUUCAUUGCCGGCAGGGAGCUCGCCAACCCAAAUUCCCCAUCAGCAGCAGCAGCAGCAGCAGCAGCAGCAACAGCAACAGCAACAGCCGCAGCCGCAGCCGCAGACUCAGCAAACUCAACAGGCCCAACCAGCUCAGCCAGCGCCUGCGCAGCCACAGCAGGCCCAGUCCCUCCCACAGCAGGCGACCUCUGCUGGCAGUCUAUACCAACAACAGCAUCACCUGGGAGGCAUCCACGCACAGAAUCCCGCCGUUGCUACUUCGACGCCAUCUCAUUUCUCGGUCCCGCCGUCCCUCCAAAGCCAGCCACAGCAGCAACAGGCGCCGUUGCAUGCUACCUAUUCGCAACACAAUCAGCAGCCUUCAGUUGACUCGCGCUUGGGCCAUCCUGCUGCCCACAGUAAUUACUACCGUGGUCCCGAAUCCGGGUACUACAGUUCACCGGGUUUCGGUAAUGGACCGGCCGACUACGGUCUGUAUGGUGACCAUCAGAGGGGCUCGUAUUAUGAUUCAUAUGGACAGAGCGCAUCCGCCUUCCAAGGACGAAAUGGAACACUUAACCAGGACGAC